UUUGUUCGUUUGCCAAAGUCUUUUCUUCUUUGGCCCCGACGCUGAAGAGGCUCCUGGAUUUUUCUGCCACCCCAACACAAGCUGGCAGUUACCCGGGAGCCUUCCCGAUUUACUGGCGGAGAAACGAGCCCUGCUGGACGGAGGAUGGGCGAAGGACACCAGCAGCGGGGGGCUCCCGCCGGGAAGCGCCUUCUGUUCCCCGGGAGGAGAGGGUCACCCCGCGGGCUGCCGGGCGGCGGCGGCGCCCCCGGGGCUCAGCGCUUCCUGCUCGGGCUCUUCAUGCACGCGUGGCUGUGCGUGGCCUCGGGUUCACAUGCCCAGGUGUUCAACCUCAGCCUUUCCGUGGACGAGGGACUUCCUCCGGACACUCUAGUCGGCGACAUCCGCGCGGGGCUGCCGGCUGCACAGCAGCAGGAGGGGGGCGGCUUCUUUCUAUCCGAGGAUUCGGAUGACUCACCGCUGUUGGACGACUUCCACGUGCAUCCGGACACCGGCAUCAUCCGCACGGCUCGGUGCCUGGACCGCGAGCGGCGGGACCACUACAGCUUUGUGGCCGCCACGCUGCUGGGCGCCGUGGUGCAGGUGGAGAUCCGCGUCAACGACGUGAACGAUCACUCGCCCAGCUUUCCCCGCGACUCCCUGCAACUCGACGUCUCCGAGCUCAGCCCUCCAGGUACCGCCUUCCGCCUGCCAGGUGCCCGCGACCCGGACGCGGGCCUGUUCAGCACUCAGGGCUACACCCUGCUGCAACCGUCCGACCUUCCCGAGGACCCCGCAGGACCGUUCUUCCAGUUGCGCUACGGAACCCCGGGGUCACCACCGUCCUCGUCGCCCCUGGAGCCCCUGGACCUGGUGCUGCUGCGGCGCUUGGACCGAGAGGCGGCGGCGACACACGAGUUGCAUAUCGAGGCCUGGGACGGCGGCCGCCCGCGGCGCACGGGCCACCUGCUUGUGGAGCUGCGGGUGCUGGAUGAGAACGACAACCCGCCAGUCUUCGAGCAGGGCGAGUACCGCGCCGUGGUGCGGGAGGACGCUCGGCCGGGCGCCGAGGUCUGUCGCGUGCGCGCCACCGACCGCGACCUGGGGCCCAACGGCCACGUGCGCUACAGCAUCCGCGCCCGGCCGGCGCUCUGGCCACUGGGCGAUGCGGCCUACUUCACCGUGGAGGAGCUGAGCGGCGUGGUGCGGGUGCAGAGGCCUCUGGACCGCGAGGCACAGGCCUGGCACCAGCUGGUGGUCGAGGCCCGCGACGGAGGGGCCGAGCCCGAGGUUGCCACUGUACGCGUGUCCAUCGCCGUGCUCGACGUCAAUGACAACCCGCCCGCCAUUCACCUGCUCUUCCUCACCGAGGGAGGGGCCGCGCGCGUUUCCGAGGGCGCAGCGCUGGGCGAUUACGUGGCUCGCGUCUCCGUGUCCGACGCGGACGAUGGUACCGAGCAGGAAGAGGAGGCCGUCGGGGAGCCUGGUGUUGGCCUGGGGCGCGGGAGCAUCUCGCUGUCCUUGGAGGGCGGGGAUGGAGCCUUCGCACUGCGCUCUGGCGGCUCCCCCGGGGUAUUUUUCCUUUGCGUCGAGGGGCCCCUGGACAGGGAGAGCCGUGACCUGUAUGAUUUGCGACUGGUGGCCACGGAUGCGGGCUCCCCGCCGCUGAGCACAGAGGAAACGCUGCUGCUCCGGGUUGCAGACCUCAACGACCAGCCACCUCUAUUCAGCAGGGAGCAUUACCUGGCCUCAGUGUCAGAGGCCGCGGCCCCGGGCACCGCGGUCGUGUGGGUCAGCGCCUCCGAUGCGGAUGAGGCUGGCACAGACCACGCCCGGCUGCGCUACGCCCUGGUCCACCUUCCGGGUCGCUGCAACCCAGAAGGUGUGUGGCCCACCGCGGAGUGCGGACCGUCCUUCACUAUUGAUCCUGAAAGCGGCGUGAUCAGCACCGUCCGGAGCCUGGACCGGGAGGUCCAGGAGGCAGUAGAGUUGAGAGUGGUAGCCCAAGACCUCGGAGAACCCCCACUCUCUGCCACCUGCCUGGUGAGCAUCACCGUGGACGAUGUGAAUGACAACGAGCCCACCUUCCAGAGGCAGGUGUACAACGCCACCCUGGCGGAGCAUACCCCGGUUGGACACUGCUUUUUGCAGCAUGACUGGCAGUUCUUUGAGUUGUUAGGUUAUUCAAAGAAGGCUUGA